AGGCAGAGUAUAACGCAGGCGUGGAUUGGUGGUCUUUUGGGAUUACCAUGUACCAAAUGGCCACGGGCAGCUUGCCAUUUUCACCAUCAGGCAGUAUUUUAAGGCAAUUCUUUGCAAUAAAGAAGAAUACGCCGUAUUACCCAUAUUAUAUGAGCAAGGAAAUGCUGGACCUCCUGCCAAAGCUUUUGGAGAUGGAUGAGAAUCAGCGGAUCGGUGUCAACGGAAACAUCAGGGAGCACGCUUUCUACAGCACAGUGAAGUGGGAAGAGCUGGAGAACCGGAGAGUGAAGACCCCUUUCCAGCCAGGAAUGCCAUCAGCAGAUGACUUCACUGAAAUCCCGCUGUCAUUCUCCUCUCAAAUUCGGAACGAGGAAACCAACUUGGCAGAUUUCUCCCACGUGGAUCCCAGCUGGAGUUGGCAGGAGUAAGGCAUUGGUUCUAAUAUGGGA